AUGGGUCCUCCUGAAGACCCAAUGAGUCCUCCCCACACCCGCAGUGGGACUGAAUAUAGACCCAAAUAUUCAGACCCUUCCCCUGAUUCUUCAGGGGUCCCAAUGCUGCCUCUGCGUCAGGUAACUUCAGUGGCAGAGGGUGGCAGGCCGUUUAUGGUUUAUGUCCCUUUUACAACUAGUGACCUGUGUAACUGGAAGAAUCAGAACCCCUCGUUCUCUCAGAAUCCCCAGGGACUCAUCUUUCUUUUGGAGUCUGUAUUUCUUAUCCAUCAGCAUUGGGACGACUGUCAGCAACUCCUCCAGACUCUGUUCACUUCGGAGGAGAGAGAAAGAGUGAAAGCGGAGGGGAGAAAACUGGUCCUUGGACCAGAUGGCCAGUCAGUGUCAGACCCGGCACGGCUGGAGGCCGUUUUUCCAUUCUCCCGACCCUCGUGGGACCCCAACUCAGAUCAAGGUAAGGAGGCUCUCGAUCGGUAUCGCCAGACUCUGCUGAGGGGAGUCCGAGCAGCUGCGCGGAAGCCCACCAAUCUGUCUAAGGUAACUGAAACUGUGCAGGGACCGAAUGAAUCCCCGGCUGUUUUUCUAGAGCGCUUGUGUGAAGCCUACAGGCAUUACACCCCCAUAGAUCCAGAGGCGCCAGAAAACAGGCGGGCAGUUAACAUUGCUUUCAUGUCCCAGUUGGCCCCAGAUAUAAGAAAAAAGUUACAAAAGUUAGAAGGCUUUGAGGGCAAGAUGCUGUCAGAGUUGGUAGAGGCAGCACAGAAGACGUUCAACAAUAGAGAAGACCCCAGUGAACUAACCAAAAAGAUGGCACAGGUUUUAUUAACCAUGAACAGGGAAAAAGGAGAUGGAAGGAGAGGAAACCAGAAAGGAAGAGGAGCAAGGCCUGGGGAUAAGCGCCCUCAGCGAUCGGGGCUGGGGAAGAACCAGUGUGCCUACUGUAAAGGAGAAGGCCACUGGAAAAAUGAAUGCCCUCAGCGCCCUCAGGGGCGCCCGGCCCCGGUGUUAGUCGAAGAAGUGGACUGAGGGGGCCGGGGCUCCGUCUUCACUAGCCCCCAGAAGCCCAGGGUCACUUUGAAAGUUGGGGGCAAACCAGUAGAUUUCCUUAUUGAUACCGGAGCUACGUUCUCAGUCCUACAACAGGCGGAAGGUCCGGUGUCUAAAGAGUGAACCCUUAUUCAAGGAGCUACUGGGAAGACAAAAUCAUAUCCAUGGACUCAGGCCCGAAUAACCAAUUUAGGGGCUGGGACAGUGACCCACUCAUUCCUAGUGAUGCCAGAAUGUCCUUACCCCUUACUAGGACGGGACCUCCUCAGCAAAUUAUAAGCCACCAUCUCAUUCCAGGAGGAAGGAGCAAAAAUAGCCCUUAAUGCCAUACCUGACACCGUGCUCCUGACAUGUCCAUUAAGUGAGGAAUACAUCCUCACCGAGGAUCCCGGGGAAACUACGUUGGCCCAAAGCACUUCACUGCUCCAAGAACUACAGCAAAAGAUACCAGGAGUAUGGGCUGAAAGAAAUCCCCCUGGGUUGGCGACUCACAGGCCCCCGAUUGUAGUACAGCUCACUAGUACUGCUGUUCCAAUACGGGUUAAGCAAUACCCAAUAAGCCAGAAGGCCCGGAAGGGCAUCGCAGUGCAUAUAAAAAGACUGAAGGAGGCCGGGAUCUUGGUGCCCUGUCACUCCUCGUGGAAUACACCUUUGCUUCCUGUACAAAAAUGGACUGGAACGGAGGAUUUCAGGCCAGUUCAGGAUUUAAGAGAAGUUAACAAGAGGGUAGAGACUAUACACCCAACAGUACCCAACCCUUAUACCCUCCUGAGCCUGUUACCACCGAGUCAUCAAAUAUAUACAGUCCUAGAUUUAAAGGAUGCCUUUUUCUCCUUGCCGCUGGCCCCCUCCAGCCAGCCCAUUUUUGCAUUUGAAUAGACGGACCCUGAAGAAGGGGAAUUGGGACAGCUGACUUAGACUUGGUUGCCCCAGGGAUUUAAAAACUCUCCUACUCUGUUUGAUGAGGCUCUCAGCCAGGACUUAGGCACGUUCCAGAAAGAACAUCCAGAGGUCACCCUACUCCAAUAUGUGGACAACCUCCUCCUUGCUGCAGCAACUCAGAGUAAGUGCCAGGAAGCAACUGAGAUCCUGUUGAGGACUCUAGACAAAUUGGGGUACCGGGUGUCCGCUAAGAAAGCCCAACUUUGCGCCCCAAAAGCCACUUACCUGGGGUAUGAACUCAGCGGGGGAAAGAGAACUUUAUCUGCUAGCCGAAUACAGGCUAUUUUGAAAAUCCCGGUCCCAAAAACAAAGAAGCAGGUGCAGGAAUUCCUAGGGGCAGUAGGGUAUUGCCGCCUUUGGAUAUUAGGUUUUGCAGAGAUGGCAAAACCCCUUUACACCUGCACCAGGGGAAAGACUGAAGAACUAAAUUGGACUGAGAAUGAGACUAAGGCUUUUCAGGACCUUAAACAAGCCUUAGUCAGUGCGCCAGCAUUGGCGCUGCCAGACCUCACUAAGACGUUCCAGUUGCAUGUGGCAGAGGCCCAGGGAAUCGCGAAGGGGGUGCUAACCCAGCUCUUAGGGCCAUGGAAGAGGCCUGUGGCAUAUUUAUCCAAGAGACUAGACCCUGUAGCUGCAGGAUGGCCAGGCUGUCUGAGGGCGGUAGCAGCCACAGCCAUACUGGUCAAAGAAGCCUCAAAGCUCACCCUUGGGCAGGACUUACAGGUAGUGGCCCCCCAUGCCGUGGAAACCCUUCUGCGAAGCCCGCCUGAGCGGUGGCUUUCAAAUGCUCAUAUUACCCAGUACCAAGUGCUCCUGCUCGACCCUCCGCGGGUGAGCUUUCUUAAGACAGCAGCUCUAAACCCUGCAACCUUGCUGCCGGAUGAUGAUCCUGAGCAGCCCCUCCACAACUGUGUUGAAACCCUGUCCUCUUUGAGAAAUCUUCGAGAGGACCUGACUGACCAACCCCUCCGAGACCCGGAUGAGACUUUAUACACAGAUGGGAGCAGCUUCGUGGACAGAGGGACCAGGUACGCGGGAGCAGCGGUCGUGACAGCCGAUAAGGUAAUCUGGGCACAGGCGUUGGGACACGGGACAUCGGCUCAAAAGGCAGAAUUAAUUGCCCUCACCCAAGCGUUGCGGUGGGCAAAAGGAAAAACAGUAAACAUAUAUACUGACAGCCGAUAUGCUUUUGCUACGGUUCAUGUCCAUGGGGCCCUAUAUCAGGAAAGGGGACUCUUGGCAUCGGGAGGAAAGGAAAUAAAAAACGUCCAGGAGAUCCUCGCCCUCUUGGCAGCCCUCUGGCUGCCAAAGGUAGUAGCAGUCAUACACUGCAGGGGACACCAAUCAGCUGACACUCCGGAGGCGCGAGGAAACGCAUUUGCAGAUAAAACAGCAAAGGAGGCAGCCCAAAAACCAGUGGGGCCUCUACAUAUCCCGCCAGCUCUCCCGACAAAGGUCUUCGAAGAGACCCCCAUCUAUUCAGAGACUGAUAACGAACUGGGGAAGAGACUCCAUGUUAAGGAGGUAUCUGGAGGAUGGAGAGAAUUGCCCGACACCAGACUGUUCAUUCCGGAGGCCCUGGGAAGGGAACUCAUUUCUCAGGUCCAUCAGAGCACUCAUCUAGGGGGAACCAAGCUGGUAGAAUUGCUUAAACGAGACUAUUAUAUUCCUAAGCUCUUCCAGGUCUCAAAGGACAUUGCAAGGAGAUGCCACGUCUGUGCACAGGUAAACCCUGGGAGGCACUCCCCUUUGGCCCAAGGAACCAGACUCAGAGGAAGAAGUCCUGGAGAACAUUGGGAAGUAGACUUUACAGAAUUGCCCCCAGGGCGGGGAGGAUAUCGAUACCUGCUGGUUUUUAUUGACACAUUCUCCGGCUGGCCAGAAGCCUACCCUACCAAGUCUGAGGCAGCACAGAUAGUAGUUAAGAAAUUAGUUUCAGAAAUUAUUCCCAGGUUUGGCCUACCUGUUGCAAUGGGGUCCGACAAUGGCCUGGCAUUUAUUGCCCACAUCACUCAACUAUUGGCAAAAAUGUUAGGCAUAAGUUGGAAAUUACACUAUAGGCCUCAGAGUUCAGGGCAGGUAGAGAGGAUGAAUCGAACCCUAAAGGAAACGACAAAAUUAAAACUGGAGACUGGCGAAAACUGAGUAAGCCUCCUUCCUUUUGCCCUUCUCCGGGCCCGUUGUACCCCUUACGUAAAGGGCCUUACCCCCUUUGAGAUUCUGUUUGGCCGACCCCCACCACUGCUUCCCAAGCUAGGGGAAGAAGUGUUGGCAUCCCUUUCUAAUCAUAACCUCCUAAAGUCCCUACAGGCCUUACAGUUGAGUUCCAGACUUAACCACCAGCUGGUCCGAGAGGCUCACCGAGACCCAUCCCCUGGGACUACCCUGCACCACCCUGCAUUUCAACCAGGAGACCUAGUGUGGGUGCGGAAGCAUGAGCCAUCAUCCCUGGAGGCCAGAUGGACUGGACCCUUCACUGUUGUCCUCAGCACCCCAUCAGCGGUGAAGGUUGCGGGAAAAAAGCACUGGAUACAUCGGACCCAAAUCAAGAAGGCAGAAGCAGAGGACCAGCCAGAGAGAUGGACCAUCCUGCGCACCGAGGACCCCCUGAAAAUCCGACUCCGAAGGCAGUCCUCCUAUUCCUGA